ACUUUUACGUAGCACAUGUGGCAGAGCAACAUUUUUAGGCUCCCCUGCAACAUUUACAAGGAAUCUACAAUAAGGUCUACAGAAGAACCACCGACAAAUAGCUACGAAAGGAACAACUAUUACGAUCGCAGCAGUCGCCUGAACAAUUACCAGCCAACAACAACAACAACAGCGUCAGCAAACGCCAACAGUAGUCCUUCUGCUAGCAGCGCAACAGGCACAGGAGGAACCGCAGGAGGAGGUUUAGCCACUGAUAGAUCGAGGAAUAGAGAUCGCCUGUACAGGAAUGGUUCAGCAGCCGCCCAAACGAACAACACUACGACAGCAGCCAGUAAUACGCAAUCGACAACAACGGCAGCGGCAACAGCAACAGCAGGAGCUGCGCCGGCGCCGCCACAAGCGUUAGGUGAUCGUAGCAACAACAACAAUAUACAACAUCAUCAGAACACUCCUCGGGUGGUGGCACCGCAGUCAUGGUACGAAGCCGCCGCUGCUGCAACGGCCCAAUUAAAGAGUCCUGGUGGCAGUGGCAAUGCCGGCGCCUCAGCAGCUACUACCACAGCAGCAGCGGCAGCAGCUACAACAGCCACAGCUCAAGGUACAGCCGGCGGCUUUACAAUGAGCAGCUCACCGAUCAAUCAUCAGCAUCAGCAGCAGCAGCAGCAGCAGCAGCCACAUCCUCCUCCGCAUCAUUUACAUUACAGCAGCGCCACCAGUGGAGCAGCGCCAUUCGUGGGAUGUGCCGCCACCGCAGCCGCCACCUCCGCCUCGUACUCAUCACCCGCCCAGGCGGCGACCACCGCCGUGCAUCGCAGUGUCGCCUAUGCGGGAAGUGCUGCGGAUGAUCGCGAUGCAAUGCGAUCAAGCAAGAGUCACCACAACCACCACCUCCACAACAACAGCAGCAGCAGCGGCGGCAGUAAACUCAAUAAGCUGCUUAAAGCGGGUGCAGCGACAGGACGCUGUGGCUCUGAAUCGCCAGGAGGAGCAGGAGCAGCAGCAGCGGGAGUAGGAGCAGCUGCUGCAACGACGAUGACGAUGACGACGACAAGUACAAUCACAAACAAUAGUUUUAGUAAUAAUAGUUUAAAUAAUACAAUAACCACGGCAACUCCGACGAUGCCAACGAUUGCAUCUGAAUCUGUAUCUGCAUCUGCAUCCCUUGGAGGUGCCACAGCAGCAGGCGCAGUUGCAGUUGCAGAGGGUAGCAGCAGCGGCAGUGGCGGUGACAUUCUAAAUGUGGCCGCUGCCCUGGCAGCUGCCGUUGAUAAUGGGACGUCCACCUCGGCAUUAGCAUCAGCGUCAGCCGCCGCCGCCGCCUGCUCCCUAGCACUGACAUCAUCCUCGUCCACGUCGAGGCCACACCAGCGACUCCAUCAUCACCAUCAUAAUCAUAAUCAUCAGCAUCAUCUGCAUGGCCGCAGCACCACCUCGUCAAGUCGGUCGCAUUCGCGUUCGCCGAGCAGCUACAGCAGCUCCCACAGCUCCUCAUCAGCGUCGUCGCACUCAUCGUCACAUUCGCACGCGUCCAGUCCGGUCCAGUCGGGCAUCCAAUGUGCAUCAGAUGGUCGUAGCAUCUCCCGCAGUCUCCAGUCGGUGGCUGUCAACAGCACUUCUUCAAAUCCCAGUGGCAAUGCUGGAUCCGUGGCCAUCCCCAGUGGCAGUGGCGGCGGUUGUGGUUCCAGUUCCAGCAGCAGCAGCAGCAGUUCGAGCAGCAGCAGCAGCGGCAGUGGCAGUGGCGGCGGCUCCUCAUCCUGCCUGGCUGUGAAUCCUGUGGUGCAUUCCGAAGAUAAUCGCCCACUGGCGAUACGAGUACGCAACCUGCCCGCCCGUUCCUCGGACACAUCCCUCAAGGAUGGUCUCUUUCAUGAGUACAAAAAGCACGGCAAGGUCACGUGGGUGAAGGUCGUGGGCCAGAACUCGGAGCGCUAUGCCCUCGUCUGCUUCAAGAAGCCCGACGAUGUGGAGAAGGCCUUGGAGGUCUCCCACGACAAGCACUUUUUCGGCUGUAAAAUCGAGGUGGAACCCUACCAGGGCUACGACGUCGAGGACAACGAGUUCCGCCCCUACGAGGCCGAGCUGGACGAAUACCAUCCCAAGUCCACGCGAACCCUGUUCAUCGGCAACCUGGAGAAGGACAUCACGGCCAGCGAGCUGCGUGUGCAUUUCGAGAGCUUCGGCGAGAUCAUCGAGAUCGACAUCAAGAAGCAGGGCCUCAACGCCUACGCCUUCUGUCAGUAUUCGGACAUUGUCUCUGUCGUGAAGGCCAUGCGCAAAAUGGACGGCGAGCAUCUGGGCAGCAAUCGCAUCAAGCUCGGCUUUGGCAAAUCCAUGCCCACCAACUGUGUGUGGAUCGAUGGCGUGGGGGAGAAGGUCUCCGAGUCCUUUCUGCAGUCGCAGUUCACGCGCUUUGGCGCCGUCACCAAGGUGAGCAUUGAUCGCAUGCGGCAGCUGGCCUUGGUGCUGUACGAUCAGGUGCAGAAUGCUCAGGCGGCUGUCAAGGAUAUGCGUGGCACGAUCAUGCGUGGCAGGAAGCUUCAGGUGGACUUUGCCUCCAGGGAGUGUCAGGAUGCGUUCUAUGACAAGCAGGAGAAGCAGCAGCAACAACAGAAUGCGGGUUCCUCUUCGCGUUUCAAUCGCUAUGAAUCCUCUACGUGCUCCUCCGCCUCCUCCGUGCAGCAGUCCAGGUCGCGUGCCUCCUCGUUUAGCCGCCAUCAGACAAACUCCAACGAUGGCUGCGAUACUGGCGGCAAUACGCCCACGAGCGGCGGUGGCAAUAGCACACCUUCGGGCAGCUCUGCCAUGCCUGCGCCCAGCAUUGCGUCUGCCAUUGUGAGCAGCGGCAGCAGCAGCGGUGCACCGGCAACAGCAACAGCAGCCGCAUCAGCAGCUGCUUCUGUGGCAGGCGCCUCCAGUGCCACGCUGCCAUCUGUGGUGGGGAGCAGCAGCAGCGGCAGCUGUUCGUCGUCGAUGCCGCCAAUGUCGCCGGCAGCCAUGGCGCAAGUGAGAAUGCGUAUGGCAAGGAGCGCGCGGCACACCAUUGACUUUGAUUUCAACGAUGUGGCGACACAGCGAAGAUUUCGCGCUGCUGCUGGCAACAUAGAGGAGCCGCACGACGAGGACACAGCCAACACAGUGGGCAGUCGGUGCGAUUCGCCAGUGAUUGCUGCACGUCUGGGCCCCGCACUCGGCGUUGGAGAAACUCCCAUGGAGUCGACGCUGAUGAACAGCAGCAGCAUAAGCUUGGGAGGAGCCAGUCGUAGACGUUGCGAACAACUCAUCCUCGAUGAAUGCCCGUCCAGUGGUGAUGAGGGGGGAGGCGUGGUCAGUCCCAGGAAGCGCAUCAAAAUGGAUUACCAUCACCUUCAUCAUCAUUCCAAUGCCUCAGGGCUGGUGGAUCCCUAUGCCUCCACGGGGGACAAGCAGCAGCUGCAGCAGCAAUCUUUGACCCUAUCCAACUGUGAUGUGAUACACGAUCCGCUCAAUCGCAAGAGCGAGAUCCGACGAGUGUCCGAGGCAUCGCCCAGCAGCAACAGCAUGAAGUUCCCUGGACACCAGCCACCGUCCUCCUUGAUGCUCAGCUGCCGCCGGCCGUCCAUUGAUGUGGGCGCCUUGACGGCGCUCUCGGCGAUUCGCCAUGGACUCUCGGAUCAGCAACAUCAGCAGCAACAGCAGCAGCAGCAGCUGCAUCAGCACAUGAUGAUUGCCUCGCUGGCCGCGAAGCGACGGCGUGUGGCGCCCAUGCAGCAGCCACCGACAAUGGGCAACAACAGCAGCUCUGGCGGUGGCCAGCUGCUGGGCGGAGGAGUCACUGGAGUGACGCCCAACGAUGAGGCGUACCAUCAUCAUGCCUCGCGAGGACGCGGCCAUCAGCUACAUUCCCAUCACUCGCACGAGGCCAGCGGCGGUGAGAGUGCGGACGGAUCGCGUCCGGGUACGCCUCUGUGCGAUGAGCGGCCCGAAGUGCUGCCCUCCGAGCCCCGACGCCUGCCCCCGCCGAGAGAACGGACGAGGGAGAGAGUCAGGGAGGUGAUGUGGCUGCCGAUGCCCAAGUUUGGUUACUCCUUCAUCCAGCAGCAUCGCAGCGGCCCUGGCAGUGGCAGUGGCAGUGGCGGAGGCAGUGGCUGCUCAUCGAGCAGUGUCUCCAGCUAUCUGCUGGGAUGCUCCUCGGCAGCUGGUGGGCCCUCGUGCUCCUCCAGCGGCAACAACAGCAACAGCAACUCUAGUCUAAGCGGAGGACUUGGCAGUGGUUUGGGCACGGGAUCGUCAUCGGCCUUUCUGCCUAGCCCCUCCUCACGCUACUGGCGAUCCUCCUCGCACCACUCGCACCAGCAUCACCAUCAUUCGCACCACUCGCAGCAGCAACAGCAGCAGCAGCAGUCGUCCUCGGGCUCCUCCUUGGGCCUUAUGGCCAGUCCGGCGCGUCCGCGCUCGCUGAGCUCCAACUCGAGCGACUCGGAUGUGCCUGGACAUGCCGGUGGGAGUCCCUCGCUGGACGAACGCCUCCGCAACUUUGAGGAGAACUACGAGCGAUGGUCCGGCGGCAGCAACACCCAGCAGCAGCAGCAACAUCAGCAACAGCAGCAGACGAGCAGCAACACCAAUUCCAGCCACAGUCAUAGUCACGGUCAUAGCCAUGUCCAACAGUCGAGCAGCACGACGCCCUCGUGGCAGCUGUCGAUGCACACGAAUCUAAGCGGCUUGAGCACGCAUCCGGCCAACUCGGGCAACAGCAACAGCUCCAGCGGCACGGCCUCCAGCUGCCAUUCGGCGAGCAAUUCGCGGCACAAGUUCCUCGACAUUGACGAGCUGCAACCCUCGGACAUCGUCAAGUCGCUGCUCGCCAAGAAGUCCAUCUUCGACGACGAUCUGCAGCGGCUGAAGAAGAACCAGUGGUACGAUCCGUGCAGUGCGGACUUUGCCAUCGGCUCCACCUCCAUGGGCUCCACUGCGACAGCAUCGCGGCAUGGCCUGUGCAGUGGCAACACCUCGCCAGCGCUGCUGCCCAAUCUGGCGGCCACCAAGACGACGCCCAUCAUUGGCAACUGCACGCCGAUUCUGUCCAACUCCACGAGCUCCAACAAGACGACGAGCGGACUGCUCCAGCGACUGAGCAGCCUGUCGCCCAUGAACUCGCCACAGGCCUCGAUGUCUCCUUACAACAGUCCCUCGCCCUCGCCAUCGGUGGGAGCGGCCACGCCAAGCGGACAACUGUCCGUGAAGCCACUCGUUGGAUGCAGCAACAGCAGCAGCAGCGGCAGCAGUGGUGCAGCAGCAGGAGGAGGAUCGAUUUCCACGGCAACGGCGGUCACCGCUGUCUCGGCAUCGGCAUCACCAGCAGCCACAUCGGGCGCAACCAAAGGACUGCAGUAUCCGUUCCCCAGUCACCCGCCUCUGCCAAACACUGCGGCACCACCGCCAGCCGUGCAGCCAGCCCCACCACCACCGCCAGAAACGGUGAAGCAGCAGCAGCAGUCGGCAGCCAAGACACCGCCACCAGCAGCCAAUGUCAGUCUGACAAAGAGUCUGAGUGUGCCCGCCGAGCCACUGCCAACGCAAUCGCCCAGCGCCAGAGCACAGCUGCAGAAGUCUGCCUCUGUGCCGGGCAGCACGAAUGUGGGGACAACAACUACCUCCAGCAAUGCACCCUCGAGCUCAUCCAAUUCCACAUCAUCGUCCAACGGUAACAGUUCCUCAGCAAACACAGCCACCACCACCACCACAACAACACAUGUACAAAAGUCCCAACAGCAACAGAACUGCAGCGAAGAGGAGCACAAGAGCAAGACAUCCUCCUCACACUCCUCCUCCUCCCACUCACAUUCUCACUCCCACAAGAAGAGCAGCACCAACAGCAGCAGCACGAACCGAUCCAACAGCUUGGAAAAGGCCCACAGCUCGAACCGAGCCAACAGCACGGACAAGUCCCACUCUGCGGACAAGCACAGCAGUGCGAACCGUUCCAACAGCACGGACAAGUCGAAUACCACAAACAGAUCCAACAGCUCAGACAAGUCCCACUCAACGACAGCGGCAACGACAACGAACCGUUCGAACAGCGUGGACAAGUCGCACACCGGACAAGCGAACCGUUCGAAUAGCACAGAUAGGUCCCACAGCAGCAGCAGCAGGCAAAACAGCCGCUUGGAUGGCGGCGACAAAAAGGCUAAAAAGACCUCCGACAAGAGUUCGACUUCAACGGCAACGACUGGCGGCGACAAGCGCAAGAAUUCCGCGACAUCUCAAUCGUCCAAGUCAGCGACUCCACGCAUCGAAGACUCCACGGACACGGACGAUCCUGGGGAGCGAUCCGAGAAGGAGCAGCGUCAGGAGCGGGAAAAGGCACACCAGAAAGAACGCCACGAGAGGGAGAAGCGCAAGCACCAAGAGCGAGAGGAUAAAGAUAAGGACAAGGAGCGAAAGGUCCACCAUCAACCGGAGGACAAAGAAAAGGCCCAUCAAGAACGGAAGGCACACCACCAGGAGGAAAAGGAAAAAGAGCGCAAGGUCCAGCAGGAGGAGAAGGAGAAGGAGCGCAAGACCCAGCUGGAGGAGAAGGAGCGUGAGGAGCGCAAGGCCAAAGAAGAUAAGGAGAAGGAGCGCAAGGCUCAAGAAGAACGUGAGCAAAAGGAGCGUGAAGAAAGAGAGCAGCGAGAACAGGAUCAGCGAGAGCAGGAGAAACGAGAGCGAGAGCUGCGCGAAAAGGAGCAUCGGGAGAAGGAGCAUCGCGAGCGGGAUCACCGAGAGAAGGAACAAUCCUCCCGGCGAUCCAUCUCGGACUCGGACCAAGAGUCCCGCAUGUCCCGCAUGCGCGAGAUGUCCUCAUACCACAAGAGCAAAACGGAUGCCAGCUCCGAGGCCAGCAGCUUCUACACGCACAAUGUCACGCCCAGCGUGUCCUCCACUGAAUGCGAUCGGCAGCACAACAAAGAGAAUGCCGCCGAUGCAGCAGCAGUGGCACCCUCCUCGUGUGCGACGCCAUCGCAUGAUGGCAGCAAUGCCACUGCCGGCAAGGAUCGCUCAAGGAAGUCCUCCAGAAACUCUCCAGGUCCACGCAUCCACAAGCGUCGCCUGAGCUCGCAGGAUAGCAACCACAGCGGCGGCAACGCAGGAGGCGUCGGUGGUCUGCACAAUCAUCACGACGACUAUGUGAAGCGGAUACGCAUGGAGAACCAUCAGAAUCCCAUACCCAGCCAGAACAGUCAGAGCAGCCAGAACCAGCGGCUCAACGAGCGUCACGACGUGGCCAAGGAGCAGCACAAGAGCAGCAACAGCAGCAGCUCCAAGGACUGUGAGGCCAAGACAAACUCCAGUUCCUCGCACUCCAAGUCGCAUGGCAGUGGCGGCAGCUCUUCCUCCUCCUCGAAGCACCAUCGCAGGGAGAAGCAUCACUGCAAGAGCAUUGCGAGUGCCAGUGCUCCCUCCUCGAUGGAUGUCACAGCGAUGGCUGCGAUGGACGCGAACUUCCCAAUAGCAGCAGCAGCAGCGGCGGCAGCAUUCAAGCAGCAGCAACAGUUGCUCAACACCAGCGAGGAGGAGCAGCAGCAGGCCCAGCCACAGCCACAGCGGGAGAAGGAGCGGGAUCGAGAGAAGGUCGACAGGGAACACCAUCACCACAGCAGCAGCUCAUCCUCGCGCCACAAGAGCAAGCGGGAGCGUGAGCACCAUCGAGAGCAUCAUCGCGAGAAGAAGCGACAUUCGGUGGCCGAGUCCAUCCUUACCGAUGAGGAGCAGCAGCAGCCGCAGCUCAUGCACUCGCAUCUCCAGCUUCACCAUCAGCAGGAGGAGCAGCAGCAGCAGCAGGAGGAGCAUCAGGAGCAUCAUCAUAAUCCACAUAGACGCACCUCAGCUACUGGCAGUGGCUCUGCGGGAGAGCUGAGCUCCGCUCCGACCAACACCUCCAGCGGCAAGGGCCAUCGGGAGGGUGGACAUCAUCACCACCACCACCGAAGGAGGAGCGUGGACAGAAAGUCGUCGCGGGGCUCCGAUGAGGGGCACCACUCCUCGAAAUCCUCACGCAGCAAGCUGAUGAUGCUCAGCUCCGCGGACUCUGACGACACGGAUGAUGCCUCCAAGAAGCACUCUAUCUUCGACAUACCCGAUGACUGUCCAAAUGUCUCGAUGUACGACAAGGUGAAGGCCAGAAGCUGCAAGAACAUGCAGCGGCAGGCGGAGGAGAAGAAGAUCAAGGCCAAGUUCUCGCAGCUGAAGCAGUCGCGGGCCAAGAAGAAGCGCUCCACCAGCUACGACGGCGACUCGGACACUGAGUUCGAGGAUCGCCAUCACAGGAACAGCGGCAGUAGCAGCUUCCACGGCCGCCACAUUGGCCUGUCCAGCAGCGACGACGACGACGAUGAGGAUGAGAUGAUGCACAGCCACAACCAGAGCCGCAUAUUCUCCGAUUCGGAUGCGAGAUCCGAAGUCGAUCACGAGGCGGUGGCCAGUCGUGUGCUCCAGAUGCAGCAGAAUCUGCGUCGUCUGUGCGAUGGGGACGACAGCUCCGAGGACGAGAUACGCAGGAACUUCACGAAGCACAAUCAGCACGGAAAGCGCAACUCCCACACGACGCGCAUUGCCUCCGAUUCGGAGUCGCAGUCGCAGCCCGGGGCACCCGAGAUGCUGCAGAUCAAGCAGGAGCCACAGCUGCAGGCAGACAUGGAAUUGGAUAUGGAACUGGAACUGGACUCGGAGAUCAAGCAGGAGCAGCUGUCGGAUGGGGGAGAGCAGAAGACAGAGUUCAAGUCGCGCCACGACUCCAACUCAUCGAUGGAGGAGCGCAAGCUGAAGACGGAGAUCAAGAAGGAGUAUGGCGAUUUCUAUACCUCUGCCGGUGGCUACUCCAAUACCUACUCGGACUCUGGCACGGGCAAGAUCAAGGACUACUCCCCGGAGGCGCGCAAGAAGCACAAGAAGAGCAAGAAGCGCCUCAAGUCAUCCUCCUCCAGAGAUGUAGAAGCCCAGCAGCAGCAGCAGCAGCAACCCCAGCCAUCCCUCGUUGUGUCCAUAGCCACGCCGUCGAUCUUCGAUGUGCACACAUCCGAUUUGAAAGGCAACAAGUUUGUGGAUGGCUUUGAGGAUCUCAAGGUGGAACGGGAGCAGCGUGAGCGCGAGCGAGAGAGUGUCCUGCCCAUAUCGUUGGACAUUUCGGCGAGUGAGCGGCGUAAGCACAAGGAGCGCAAGGAGAAGAAGCGCGAGAAGCUGAGGAACCUCACUGCGGAAACAAACAGCUGCGGGAAUAGCGCUACCAACGCUGGAGCUGCCACCACAGCUUCACACAUGUGCAGCAGCAGCACACCAGCAGCAGCAGCAGCAACGGGAGCACCAGCAACGGCAGCUACAGUUCCGCCUGUCAGCAGCAGCAGCAACGAGCUCGGCGAGAAGUUGGAGAAACUGUCCAAGGAGGAGCGACACCGCUUGAAAAAGUCCAAGAAAUCCAAAAGUUUGGACACCUCAUCCUCCUCCUCCACGAGGCUGUACAAUGCCUCCGCCGUCAGCAGCCUUGCGGCACCAGCGGCAGCAGCUGCAGCAGCCACAACAGCAGCAGCCUCGCCAGUGCCUGCGUCUGUGCCUGUGUCCCUGCCCAUUCCUGCGACGCCCAGCUCCGCGCCAGCUCUCACGCGGGACAAGACGCGGGGCGAGGACAAGAUGGAGUUCAUCUUUGGCAUCAUCUCGGACGAGGAUGAGUCGCAGUUCACAGACGAGCAGCCAGAAGGCGGCGCCAAGGAGAUCUCCACGCGAGAACCGAUUGUGUCUGCAGCCCUGCAGACCUACAAACAGGAGCCACCAGCCACACCGCCCUCGGCCAAGGUACAGGUCCAGGAGAACCAAUUGCCCAGCCAAGAGGAGCAGCCAACUGUGGAGAGAGCACGCCAGACGGGCGGCACUUCCUCCUCCUCGUCGCACGCGGACAGAGAGCGUCAUCGCAAGGAGAAGCGCGAGAAGAAGCGACGCGAAAAGUCCCAUCGAGAGCAGCAGCAGCAGCAGCAGCAACAGCAGCAGCAGCAGGCGGCGGCCCAACAGCAAUCCACGUCCAGUGCCACGAAAAUCGAGGACGACAACAGCGUGGACAUGGAUGAGGCGGGACGUGCCUUGGAGGCUCAACUGAUGGACGACUUUGACAGCAAGAUGAUGCCCGAUGAGGCCACCCCAUCGACGGCCAACACCUACAGAUCGGACAUGGCCGAUGUGUUCCGCUUCUCGGACAACGAGGACCACAACUCGGUGGAGAUGAAGCUGCCAUCGUCGAUGGACAAACUCGGCAAGCAGCCGGCGGAGGAGCAGCACAAGAGCAAGGACAAGAAGAAGAAAAAGAAGCGCUCCAAGGAGGAGAAGCAGGAGAAGCUGCUGCGCAGGGAAUCCGUGCCCACGCCGGGAGUUGCUGCGGGUGCUUUGUCAGCACCCCCGACGCCCGGCAAGCUGACGGUGAACGUUCAGGCAGCCGCCAAGCAUGCGGAGGAUCAUAUGGACGCCAAUCAUCGCCCUGCAUCGCCGCCGCUGUGCAAGCCCUCGCCGAGUCUGCCCUGCCUCAUUGGAGACGAUGACGACGAGGAUGUGGCGCCCGCGAAGGUGGUGCCCGUGCAUCCCUCAGUCAACCUGCCACCGAGCACGCCCACCACCAGCGCACGGGGCAGCGACAGCCUCACACCAUCGCGCGAGAAGCCGCGCCUGAUCAGCCCCAUUCCCAAGACGCCGACCAUCACGAACAGCUCCAUGCUGUCCACACAGUCCGCAGAGACGCCAGUGAGCAGUGGACCAGCGGCGGGAGCCAACAGCUCGGCACUGGCCACGACACCCACAUCCUCGACAACAGCAGCUGCGGCCGCCGCAGCAGCCUCUGCGGAGAGUUCUCCGACGAGUGCGGCCCUCGGGAAGAAGAAGGAAAUCUUCAUUCCCGGCUUCGAUGGCCAGCUGGAUGACAGGAUCAGCGAGUCGGCUGUGCAGUCCAUCUCGGCGGAGUUCAACAGCGGCUCCCUAAUGGAUCCUUUGGGAGAUGAGCCCAAGAUACCGGUGGCCUCGCCCCCGGGAGCCACCAAACCUCUGGAUAAAAUGGAGGACAGCAAGUCGCGGGUGACCAUCUCCCAGGAGGAGACGGAGAGCGCCGUGUCGGCGCUGCUGGGCGAGAGCUUUGGCACCUCCUCGACGGCCGAUUACUCGCUGGACGGCAUGGACGAGAGUGAAAUGGAGACGCCGGCCAUUGUGGUGGCCGAACCCGAUGAGGAGGCCGCCUUGGCGGCCAAGGCCAUCGAGGGAGCCGUCGAAGUGGAGCCACCAGCCACUCUGGAAGAUGAACCCGAGGCAGAGGCAGGCACAGAAGCUGAAGCGGAAGCAGAGCCGCCAGUUGUGGUGGGUGCCGGAGGCGUCCUGGAUCCCGAUGAGAUCAACAAGGCUGUGCAGAGUCUGAAGCACGAGGACAUGAUGGACAUCAAGGCGGACACGCCGCAGUCGGAGAGAGAUCUGCAGAUCGACACGGACACCGAGGAGAAUCCCGACGAGGCAGACAGCAGUGGACCGAGUCUCAAGAUUGAUGAGACCGUUCAGAGCUCCUCCUCGCCCGAGAAGUCCAUGUCGAGCAGCAGGGAAGCAGCGGCCAAGCCAUCUCCACCCAAGGAGGAGAAGAAGUGUCCACCUUCGGUCAUCACGAAGUUGCCAUCUUUGGAGCAGAAGCCACCAUCAGUGAUGAUCAGCGGCAGCUCCAUGACAUCUUCCCCAGCGAAGAUUGAGCCGCCGACAAUCAGCAAACUGCAGCAGCCGCUGGUGCAGCCCGUGCAGACGGUGCUACCCGCACCACACACGACACCCACGCCCGUCAUCAAUCUGGAUCUGUCGAAUGUGAUGGGCAACUGCUCGAACAGCAGCAGCUCCGUGUCUCCCUCGAUCUCGUUUGGGAGUCCUACGCCCAGCCAGAGCAUUCCCUGCAUGCCGCAGGCCUCGACGCCCAAGCAGACGCCCCAACAGCUGGCACUGCGCACGCAGUCGCUCAUCAUGCAGCCACCGACCAUUUCCAUACCGGAGCAGACGCCACACUUUAUGGUGCCCCACAUGGUACUCUCCCCCCACCAUCCGCAGCAGCAGCAGUCGACGCCAGGAGGUUACAUGAUGGGCAUACGGGCACAAUCGCCACACAGUCCGCUGCUGUCGCCGGGACGGGGCGGACCAGCCAUCAAUCGAGUGGUGGGUCAACUGAGUCCAGCAGGUCGUCCCGUGGCAGGGGUGAACCAACAGCAGCAACAUGCUCUGAUGACAUCCCCGCAAGGCGGCAACAUGAGUCCUCUGGCCAGUCCCACGCAGCGUUUGGUGGCCAGCAAUGCCACAUCACCCACCACGAGUAAGCCAAACAGCAGCUACCAGCCACGAGCACAGCCUCAGCAACACCAGCAACACCAGCAACAGCAACAGCCAUCGCCCAAGUCGCUGAUGGAUCUGCAAUCGUCGCCACAACUGAUUCCCAUGCCCAUGCAGAAGAUGCCGCCGAUGCAGGUGCCACACCACCCGACAAUCAUCAGCAAGGUGGUGACAGUGCAGCCGCAGCAGGCCACCCAGUCCCAGGUGGCAAGUUCACCGCCUUUGGGCAGCCUGCCGCCGCACAAGAACCUGCACGUGAAUGCACAGCCACAACCGCAACAUCAUCAGGCGCAACAGCAGCAGCAGCAGCAACAGUUGUCGCCGCAAAUGAUGUCCAAGAUGACGGCAGCGCAUCAGCAGCAUCAACAUCAGCAGCAGGUGCAUCAGUUUAUGCAUCAGCAGAUGAUGCAACGACAACAGCAGCAGCAACAGCAGCAGCAGCAUAUGCAACAGCAGCAACAUGGACAUCAGCAGUCGCAACAGCAGCAGCAACAACUGCAACACCAUGGACAGCAGCAUCAUCAGCUGCAGUUGACGCCGGCGCAUCAACAUCAGCUGCAGCAACAGACGGCACAGCAGCAGGGUCUGACUCCCGCGCAGCAUCAGCACUUCCAGCAGCAGCACCAGAUGAACCAGCAGCAACAGCAGCAACAGCAGCAGCAGCAACAGCAGCAGCAACAGCAGCAGCAGCAGCAACAGCAACAGUUGAACCAACAGCAGCAGCAGGCACAGCAGCAGCAACAUCAAGUGCAGGCACAGCAGCAGCAGCAGUUGAACCAACAGCAGGCGCUGCAAGCGCAGCAGUUGCACAUUCAGAAGCUGCAACAACAGAUACAACAUCCUUCCCAGCAGCAACAGCAGCAGCAGCAGCCUCCACACUUGGGUCCGCCGCCACCGAUGUUUGCCCAGCAUCCACCACGCGGCAUGCCGAACCAGCAGCAGCAACAGCAGCAGCAGUUGCCACACAGUCCGCCCUGCAAGCCAAAUCCAAUGGUGCACAGUCCAUCAUUGCUGGUGAGAGUGCCACAGCCUCAGCAGCAGCAACAAUCGAUGCAGCAGCAGCAAUCCUCGCCUGGAGCCACUCAAAUGCCGCACCCAACGCCGCAGCUGAAUGUGAUUCAGAGUCCAAGCAACAAGCAGCAGAUGAUUGUCCAGCAGCACAUUGUGCCAGCGCCAGCAGGCCAGGGACAAGGACAAGCACCGAGCACAGCCAACGCGAUUCACUAUCCAACGCAACAAACGACUGCAAAUGCAAAUCCAAAUCCAAAGGAGAACCCAGUGGAGAAAUCUCUGGCCAUGAAGACGUCGGAGAGUGUUUCGGUGAUUCGCACGCCGACACCAACGACCAGCGGCAGUCCGGCGAUAAUAUCACCAAAGGCGGCAGCCAGUGCCACAUCAUCCCUGCUGACGGAGGAGAAUCUCAUCAAGAUAUCGCAGCCCAAGCAGGAUGAGCUGAUUGAGCAGGACUCAAAGGAGGUGGACAGCGACUAUUGGUCCGCCAAGGAGGUGAAUAUCGACAGUGUGAUCAAGAAGCUGGACCCUCCUGCAGUCAUCAAGGAGGAGAAGCGUUCGCCCAUCGAGAAGCCAAUGCCACCGACAGUCGCUCCACCCGUGGAGGUACCACCAGUGGAGAUAGCAACACCAGCUCCAGCUCCUGCUGCUCCUGCUCCUCUGCCAUCUGUCACCAUCAACAGUUCGGUGAACGAUCACGAUACGGAGGACGAGACGGAGACACGGCAGAUGCCACCGAAGCCCAGCACUCCGACUGUGGGCAGGCCGCCGGGUCGUGGAGGCGCCAGCAAGCGUGGCCGACAGCCGCGUGGUGCCAAGAAGCAGGGAGGACUUCCGCUGACCACGCCAGGCGCUGCACCAGGCGCAGAUGCUGGCGUAGGCAUCACUCCCGGCGACAAUGGAGUGCAGACACGGCUGAGGAAGCCGGUGACUGCGCCUGUGACGCGGGGCCGGAAAGGUCGUCCGCCCAGGAAUCUCCUGCUGCAGCAGCAGCAGCUCCAACAGCAGCAACUCGCGCAGCAGCAGCAGCAGAAGUCCAUGGAAAUGGCAACACCCACACCCACAGCAGCAGCUGUUGCCGCGGUGACACCCAUUCCAGUGCCGACGGCCGCGGAGAAGAAGGCCCGGAAUCAGGCGCUGACUCAGGCGACUCCGCCCGGUGUGUCUAGGUCCAGCCAGGACAUCUAUGAGUUCAACGAUGACUCCGGAGAGGCGGAGCCCAAGCCGAAGAUUGCGGCUGUGGUGCCGCCAGUGGAGGAUCAGCGGCCGCGUCUCAUUCUAACAAUCAACAAGGCGCAGCCGUCGAUUAAAAGCAGCACCGAAGUGGAGCCACCAGCAGCGCAGGCGCCACAGUCACAGGCAGAGGCACAAGCACAGUCGCAGCCGCAGUCGCAGCCACAAUCCCUGCCCCACAACGAUGCCAUCAUCAGCGACAAUUCGAGCGAAUCGAGCAACACGCGCAAGUCGCGCCGCCUGCAGGAGAAGGAGGAUCGCAGCACAGUGGAUGACAUCAUCGAGGAUGUGGUGCGGAAUACCAACACCCAAAUGGCCGCAGGACUCGUCCAGCAGCUGCCGAAGGGCGCACAGACGCCUCCACGCCGCUCCGGACGGAAUGCGCAGACAAAGAAAACGGAUCUCGUGAGCACCACGAAUGCUGUGGGUCGUCCGCGACGCUCCAAGGACAGGAAGACCAUCUCGGAACCGCUGUCGAGCCUGAUGGAGGACUCAUCGCAGUCCUCGUCGCCUGCACCGCCUGCGACUCCCAUUCUGCAUGCCCCCGAGCAGCCACAUAUGCCGCAGCUGGACAGCAAGGAGAUUGAAGCCAAAACAGCCACGCCAUCUGCUGUUCCUUCGGUUCCCGUGCCAGUGCCUGUUCCUGCUGCAGUGCCAGUGAUGCCCGUGCCAAAGCCCUCGAUACCGCAGCAUCCCAAGAAGAAGGCGAUUGCCGCAGCGGAGAUCGAAUCGUAUCAGGCCAUAAACUCGUCGAUUCCCAGCGGCGGGCUGCCCAUGCAUCAGACAGCAGCUCCGGCAGCCACGCAGAAGAUAACUGGCGGAGCAGCGGAUGCUGUGAGCAAGGCUUUGGUGGAUCCCGUCACGGGUGUCAUCACUGCGGGUAUGCCACAGGGCAAGGAGGGUAACCUGCCGGCAGCCACAGCUGCAGCACCCACCAAUAGCAGCAGCAGUGAGGCGGCACCACCCAUGCAGCAGCAUCAGCAGCAGCAACACCAUCAGCAGCAACACCACCAGCAACAACAGCCGCUUCCACAGCAGCAGAUCAAUGCCACAGUUUUGGCCCCAUCUAAGGCGGCGCCCAUCACGGCGCUCGGCGGUAACAAAGCCGUGCAGCUGGAGGCAGCUGCUGCAGCGUCUCUGCUGAACAAACCCGUCAGCGUGUUGGUCAAGGGCAAUGCCAAUGCCUCACCUUUGGUGAUGCAGCAGCAGGGACAACCGCAGUUGGUGGCGCCACCAAAGCAGCAACCGAUUGUGCUGCAGCAGAACCCAUUGCCCACAGUGUUGCAACAUGCGCAGCUGAGCAACGUGCGGCCACCACAGCCACUGAAGGCGCAUGUCCUGAACAGGGAAAAGAAUCUCCAGCAGCAGCAACAGCUGACGCCCACCAAGCAGCCAACGGUUGCGGGGCACAUGCUGCUCACAGAUGCAGCUGGGAAUCAGCUUCUGCAGCCACAAAUCAUAGCACGACACCUGCAACAGCAGCAGCAGCAGCAUUUGCUGGUAAAUGUGCCACCACCAUCGGCACAUUCGCCGCAUUCCCCGAGGAUUCAGGGACAACAGCAGCAACACCAGCAGCAGCAGCAGCAGCAGCAGAUGGGAGCAGCAGCACCUAUGCCACAACAGCAGCAGCAGACGCUCGUCAUCAAGCAGGCCACAUCUGCAGCACCACCGCAGAUUCUGCAUGUCGUGAGCUCAAAGGCUUCAGUGGUGCCACAGGCGCAGCCACAGCAGCCACUGCCACCCGCCGCCUCUGCAACAGGACACAUGCAGCAGCUGGGAAAGCCCAACUUUGGCUACGUGCCCACUGUUCUGCCAUCUGCCACAUCCGCGGCAGCAGUGCAGCAUCAGCAUCAGCUGUACAAGCCACCCAACCAGCAGAAGACUGCACAGCCGCAGGGCGUGCAAGUGCAGCUGGCGCCACAUGGUCUGCCCAUGCUGCCCAACCAUCCAGGAUUGCUGCUGCAGCAGAAGGCCCCCGCGCAUCUGCAGCCGCAGCAGCAUCAGUUGACGCCCUCGCCGCCGCCCGGCAAGCCGAAUCCCGUGGUGCACAGCCUGCAGGUGCAGGCAGGACAAAUGAUGCCCGGCAGUGUGGGCAGUCCGCCGCCCGUCUCCGUCGUGCUCAAGUCUGCGCAGCAGCAGGCUAACUCGGCAGCAGUCGCAGCAGCAGCAGCGGUGUUGCGCACAGCCAUACCCAACAUCAGUCCGCAGGGACAGCCGAGGGUUUCCCCACUGGUGCUGCCGCCAGGCAUGCCGGGAGUGCCGCCGUUCGAUACGAGUCUGCAUGAUCUGGGUGCCUAUGUCAGUGGACGACGCACCCAGAGCCCGCCGCCGGCCCAUCAGCAGGCAUCGCCCAUAACACCGAACGAUGCCACGUAUCGUGGUGUGGCUGCCUCCAGGGACUUUAUGCUCUAUCAGCACCAUCUGAUGCGCAGCGGCGACUACGACGACAAGAUGAUCAGCAACAGUCCGCCGUUGGAGCUGCGGCGACCAGGCAGUGGUCCGCCGCGCACCAUUGCAGUUCCUCACAGCAUGCAGAGUCCGCAGGAUCGCACAGCAGCGGACUCUCCACAAAUGGCGCAGGUCUAUGUGCAUAAUGCGCGCAUUCCCCAUGCCCACUUCAGCGACAUGGCCACUCGGGCGAGCUACUACGAGAGCGGCGGCAUACAGCUGGAGCCGCCGCCAGCCCAUCGACCAGCGGCCUCCAUCAGCGUGGUGGUGCCGCCACCGCCUGUCGGAGCGAGCGUCAGUCCGUUCCUGAGUCGUGAUGGCAGCCUGCAGCUGGAGGAUCGGGAGAGGGAGAUGGAGCGCAUGUCCAUGAUCGCAGCAGUCGUCAAACAGCAGCAGGAGCAAAUGCCAGCAGCUGUACUGCACGCUGGCAUGGAGCUGGCCGCCCAACAGCAGGCACCGCCAGCAAUGGCCCCGCCGCCGGGUGACUCGCUCGUGACACUGCUGCAACGCUAUCCCGUGAUGUGGCAGGGAUUGCUGGCCCUGAAAACGGACCAGGCUGCCGUUCAAAUGCACUUCGUGCACGGAAAUCCGAAUGUGGCGCGUGCCUCGCUGCCGAGCCUGGCGGAGAGCAACACGCCGCUGCUGCGAAUUGCCCAGCGUAUGCGCUUGGAGCAGACGCAGCUGGAGGGAGUAGCCAAGAAGAUGCAGGUGGACAAGGAGCACUGCAUGUUGCUGGCCCUGCCUUGCGGCCGAGACCAUGCCGAUGUGCUGCAGCACUCGAGGAACCUACAGACCGGAUUCAUCACCUAUCUGCAACAGAAAAUGGCCGCCGGUAUUGUCAACAUACCCAUACCGGGCAGUGAACAGGCCGCCUACGUGGUGCACAUCUUCCCGGCCUGCGACUUUGCCAAUGAGAACCUGGAGCGUGCCGCUCCGGAUCUCAAGAAUCGUGUGGCCGAGUUGGCACACCUCCUGAUUGUCAUAGCCACUGUCUAAGUGACUGGCAGUGGCUGAACCUCCGGACUCUGACUAUGUAAAACUCCAGGAUGAACACCUUACCCAGCCUCAGACAUAAAAGAAAACCCCACAAGAACUACCAGAGACAACCAACAAAACCAACAAAACAAGUUACGCUCUUCUAGUAUUUUAAGUAAUUUUAAAUAGCGAUUAAACAAGCAAAAGUUUAAAAAAGCAAAAAGCAAAGCAAAAAUAACUUAAACAAGCAGAAAUCACAUGCAAACUUUAUUGAAUAAAUAAAUGCAAGAAACGAGAGAUGAGAAUAUGUAAAGAGGAAUGAAGAAUGUCCAAAAGAACAGAACUCAAACAAAGCGAAAAGCUAAAGCGAAAAGAUCCCUUCCGCAACCACUUGUACACUUUAAAGGCAAAAGCAAACGCAAAAGCGAAACACGAUGAAUAUAUAUUUGUCUAAAUUUAAUUAUUUAACCUUCCUCUAAUUUAAUCCUUUAAAAGAAACAAGAAAAGAAAAGCUUGCAAAGUAUCGUUAAGUUUGAUCUCAAGAAAAGAAAGUUUUAUUUUUUGCUUAAUUUAAAAUGAAAGAAAACGUAAGAAAAAAACAAACACAAGAACAAGAACACACAUACACACACAAGCAAAUGUUAAACGAAAAAAAAGCUUAAAACAUGAUAACUGUUUACUGUACUAUGCAUACUACUACCCAUACCAAUACCAUACCAUACAUAAUAUGAAUAUCCGAUUCUAUCAACCCCAAAUACCCCUCUCUAGCCUAACACGUUUAAGUUUUUUGAUUGGUGACUACUCCAAGGGUCCCAUCCCGUCCCGUACAGUGCCCCAAAUACUUUUUCACAUCUUACAAAGUUUCCGCCAGAAAGAAAGUCCUAGAAUUUGUUGUUGAUUUUUCCAUUAUUCGGUUCAUUGGCUCCAUGGAAGGCCCUCACUCUCCCGGUAUGGAAGAAAGGCCUGGCAUGGACCCAAGAACCCACAUCGAGCGCCCAAGAACCAACCAACCUACCUGUCUGGUGUGGUCUGAUCUGUCGCCAAUGCUGUUUGAAGCACAAUUAGGUUUAAAGAUGCGCCCAGAGGCUUUUCCUACGAUUACAUACACACGUAUACAUUACAUUAUAUUACCAUACACAUACACGUACACGUACACAACAUAUACACAUACACUACGAGUAUAUAGAGAGUAUUUAAUUAUAAACGAAUAUGUGUUAAGCCAAAUAUUUUAAAGUUUAGAGAGAGAGCUCUGCACCAGAGCACCACCUUGUUUAACACCAAAAUCCCCACAACGUGGGGGUCAUUUCGGACUAUCGUCGUUGUGGGUCUUUUAGUGCGAACAUUUAUUUCUAUUGGAUCUUUUUUGGUUUUGUCGAUACUACAUUACAACACCACCACUGCCACAACAUUAAAACACUGGACUAAAUCUAAAUAGAGGCGUUCCGUUCCGUUGUCCCUGAUAUUUCAGUUGAUACAUUUUCCUUUAGUUUGUGCGCGUGAAACUUAGUAAGAUGCUAGUUUAAGGAACGGUGGUGCUGGGCCGGGGGGAACCCUCUUUAUACCCUCAUAAGCCCAAUGAUGACACAUACACAGACCUAAACAUACCCACGACACCAUAUGCUAUACAAUAAACAAUAUAGUACUACCCUCUCUGUACACUCCUUAAACUUAAACGUACGUUUUCACGCCCACUUGUAAAUUAUGUGACGACAACAAACAGAUGAAACAAGAAGAAGAAACAGAAAAGAUAAAAAGCAAAACAAAAGCGAAAACAAAAAAAGAAAAGAAAAGAAAACAAAACAAAACACAACUGUAAAAUAUUUAAAUUAUUUAGAAUCUAACACAGAUAUAUGAAAUGUAAAUACAGUUUAAUUAGUGUUUAGCGCGUAUUUAGUUGUAUGUUUUAAAACUAAACUAAAGAGAAACUGUACAUUAUAUAACACAACUAAUUAUACGAAAGCAAAAACAAACACAAACACGAAACGAUCGAGAUCAGAGAAAGAGAUGAGAUCAGAUCAGAUCAGAUGAGAUCAAUAAGAAACAUUUAAACAGAAAGUAAAACAAAUAAUAACAAAUUUCAAACAGAUACGAAGCGCUGUUCAACAUAUGUUUAUGUAUAAGUUGUACGUUUUAAGCCACUUUUUAGUUAUUUCCUAAGUUAAUUUGAAGAAAAACGAUUAAAUUACACUUAUUUCUUAC